CGUAUCAGUACAAGACGGUUAGUGAUGAAUAACGAACAAACUCAGUUAUAAAUAUAUUAGGUCCGUGGUGGCUGGUGUGGUGAGAGCGCGCAUGCGCAAUGGUGCUGAGAUCCUCUCACAACAACCAUGGCAGCCAACGGGACACUGUAUACAUACCCAGAAAACUUUAGGGCAUUCAAGGUCCUGAUUUCUGCCCAGUACAGUGGGGCCAAGGUCACUGUUGACAGCAACUUCGUCUUUGGUGAAACCAACAAAUCUGAGGCCUUUCUAAAGAAGUUCCCACUUGGCAAGGUUCCUGCCUUUGAGACCAGUGAUGGCAAGUACAUCUUCGAGAGCAAUGCCAUUUCCUGGGCUGUUGCCAAUGAACAGCUUCGUGGCAAGUGUGCCAUGGACCAAGCUCAGGUUGUGGCAUGGAUGAGCUUUGCUGAUAAUGAAAUUCUUCCUGCAUCAUGUACUUGGGUCUUUCCAUGCUUGGGUAUCAUGCAGUUCAACAAGGGUAAUACUGAGCGGGCCAAGGAAGAUAUCAAAAAGGCACUAGGUGCAUUAAACACUCAUCUUCUUACCCGUACUUUCUUGGUUGGAGAACGCAUUUCCCUAGCAGAUAUCUCUGUCUGCUGCACUUUGCUUCACCUUUACCAGUAUGCCUUGGAACCGGCCUUCCGUAAGCCCUUCCAGAAUGUGAAUCGUUGGUUUACAACUAUGAUUAACCAGCCUCAGGUAAAGGCAAUAAUUGGUGAUUUCAAGCUCUGUGAAAAGAUGGCCCAGUUUGAUAACAAGAAAUUUGCAGAAGUUCAGGGCAAGAUGAAACAAGGUGGCAGUGAUAAGGAGAAGAAGACAAAGAAGGAGCAGCCUAAGAAGGAACAGCCAAAGAAAGAAAAAGAAGCUGCAGUAGCAGCAGAACCUCCUGCACCAAAGCCCAAAGAUCCACUUGAUGCUCUCCCAGGGGGGAACUUUGACAUGGAUGAUUUCAAGAGGUUUUACUCAAAUAAUGAUGAAGAAAAAUCUGUGCCUUACUUCUGGGAGAAGUUUGAUCCAGAACACUACUCUAUCUGGUAUUGUGAAUAUAAAUAUGCUGAAGACCUUUCCAAAACCUUCAUGACCUGCAAUUUGAUUAGCGGUAUGUUCCAGCGUGUUGACAAACUUCGUAAGAAUGCCUUUGCCUCCAUGUGUGUGUUUGGUGAAGAUGGAGCUAACAACAUAUCUGGUAUAUGGGUCUGGAGGGGGCAAGAACUGGCUUUCCCGCUUUGUGAAGACUGGACAAUCGACUAUGAAUCCUAUGAUUGGCGGAAAUUGGAUCCUAACACUGAAGAGACAAAGAAGUUGGUUGACCAGUAUUUCAAGUGGAUUGGAGAAGACACUAAGGGUCGAAAAUUCAGCGAGGGCAAGAUAUUCAAAUAAUUAUGUUCAUCCAAAUGUUUGCUCUGUAUUAAAAUUUAUAUGAACA